UCUUCAUGUCCUUCUCUCUCUACCCACACAAAUAUGUACAGACACAUAGACAUGCAAAAUCUUUAUUUAUAAAUAUAUACUCCUCAAUACCCAUCUCCUUCUCCAUAUCUAUCUCUCUCUCUCCUUCCACACACAACCAAAGGCUUUUCUCUCUCAAGAACCAAAAAUGGCUAUAAUGAAGAAAUCUUCAAAACUCACUCAAACAGCAAUGCUGAAGCAGAUUCUGAAGAGAUGUUCGAGCUUAGGGAAGAAAAAUGGAGGAGGCUACGAUGAAGAGUGCCUUCCACUCGAUGUACCAAAGGGACACUUCCCUGUCUAUGUGGGAGAAAACAGAAGCAGAUACAUUGUCCCAAUAUCCUUCUUGACUCACCCUGAGUUCCAAACUCUUUUAAGCCGAGCUGAAGAAGAGUUUGGAUUCGAUCACGACAUGGGUCUCACCAUUCCUUGUGAUGAACUCGUCUUUCAGACCCUAACCUCAAUGAUCCGAUGAUAUCUUCAGUUAAAUCAUUUGAAGAAGAAGCAGAAGGAGAUGGUUAAAGAAAAAGCAGACGCUUAUCUUUACAAAAAAAAUAGGACUCUUCUCUUAUUUAAGUUUUUUUUUUCUUCUAUUUUAAGCCCAUCUAGGGUUUUUUACGAGUUAAUUUAGUCGUCUAACAAGAAAGAAACCCGUAUGAGAUAGAGAUUAUAUGGGUUUAGAUCUGUAAAAAGAAGCAUGUAAUGUUUUCCUCGCAGAUUUUGAUUCUGUGAGAGAAGUUGAUUAAUGCAAUAAAAAGUAUUCCUGUUUAUAUU